UGUAGGACCAGGGACUUGGAGAGCACAUGGACAUGGAUUCGGGUCCUACGAAUUUAUUUGAUGAAGUGGACAAGAAUGACUUCAAAACUGACUUCGGACCUGAAUUUGCAAAAAAUAAGCACCAGCCUAACCGAGGUUUUUGAUGUACCAAAUAUUCCUCUCUGCCUGUGGGAUCAAACAUUUCUUGCAGCGCUGCUGUUCUGGUGGUAGAACCAUAAACACACAAAACAAAAAUCUACCAUCCUGAUACUGAGACGUUAAAAGUGAAGAGGCACUUCCUGGAUGGCAGCCACUUGCGAUUUCAAUGCAACAAAUAUUGUGAUUUUCUCUCCGAUGCCUGGAGAUUCUUUGACAUGUGAGCACAAUACAAAUCCUUCCUUGGAACAAGGCACCACAAGAGAUGAGAAGCCAAUCAGAAAAGAAAAGCAGAAGGAGCUGAUCUUCCCAUGCACUUACGAGCACCCUCGACACCUUCAAUAUGCCACUCACUUUCCCAUUCCCCAGAAUAUCUCAAAACGGAGGUUUCGCGUCAAGAUGUCUCAGAAAAUUGAGCUUGCUGCAAAUGCUGCUAGACCAAUGUGUGCAAGAAUUAUCGGUAGUGAUCAUAGAUUAGGUAGAAAUGGCCCAGAACACAGGGUAAAUGGUAGUUAGUCUGUUUUUGCUGGAAUUAAUGGGACU